GAGCUCUUGCAUGAGUGCUGGCUCACACUGCCAUACAUGGGCAAAUUUCUGGGACUCUGUGUGUGUGUGUAAGUGUGUGUGUGUUUGCCGGCUGGAAUUUCGCCCUCUGACGUCACUGCCUGUUACUCUCCCAGAUUUGGGAAAAAGAAGUUUCACUUUAAGUGGGGAUUUGAAACUCUGUGAUUCUUAGAAAGCGAGGUCUGUGAUCAGCUGGUGAUUCAUUUUUACUUCUGAAAAGAUUGCAAGAUUUCUCAACUCCAGAAACAUGUGGGGUGGACAUAAUGAUGGUGACCAGCAAGGUCAUGUGAGUGCACGGAUGGAGACCAGUUUACCCAUGGGUACAACCAGCAUUUCUAUAUCCCAGCAGCAGGCUCCGAAAAAGUUUGCUCCUGUCGUGGCUCCCAAGCCCAAGUUCAACCCUUAUAAACAACCCGGGGAUGCAACACACGAGGGUGACUAUCCUCCACCUCCUCCACCUGUGGUUGACCCCAGUGGGCUGCCGUCCCCUUCCAGCUUCCCACCUCCUCCACCCAUGGAUGAAACCUCUCUUGGCUUUCAGAUAAAAGGACCUGAGAAAACUCUAGAAGAGAGACGUUCCAGUCUGGAUGCUGAGAUUGAUUCGCUGACCAGUAUCCUGGCUGACCUAGAGAGCAGCUCACCUUAUAAACCACGCACACAGCAGAAUUCUGCCAGUCCUGCUGCAACAGGCUCUAAUGCCCCUGUUACAGGCUAUCGGCGCAUGGUGAUUCCAACCCAACCCCCUCUUACCGCCACCAAGAAAUCCACCCCGAAACCACAGGUGCCUCAAAACGUCACUCCACCAGCUUCAUCUUCUCCAAGACACCAGUACCAGCCUGCGCCCCAGCCUGUCCCAGCAUCAUACACCACCGCCUCCACACCAAGCCAGCCCACCUUCAAUGUUCAGGUCAGGGCCGCUCAACCUGCCCCGCAGCAGCAACCAGUUCGUGGUCCAGGACAGGUACAGUACAUGCCGGCUCAACCCAGAGCUCCAGACUUCGCAUAUGGGCCUCCACAACCUGGAUUCUGCCCUGCUCCAUCUGGAGGCUACCAGGACCAACACUACAGUGGAGCUCCUGCUUAUGGAGGACAGAACACAUGGAGGGCUGAACCGAGCCACCACCCCGCUCCAACACCCAGCCAAGGGUACCAGCCUGCUCCUCCCAAAAAAACCUACAUCACUGACCCUCCUGCCAGCCUGGCACCCUUCGCUGGUGGGUCUUCUGCUCCUCAUAAGGGUCGUCCAGAGGAGGAACUGGACCGCUUGACUAAGAAGAUGCUGUAUGACAUGGAUAAUCCCCCAUCUGAGGAGUAUUUCGGUCGGUGUUCAAGCUGUGGGGAGAAUGUGGUUGGCGAGGGCACAGGUUGUACCGCCAUGGACCAGGUCUUCCAUGUGGACUGCUUCAUCUGCAUGACCUGUGGCUCCAAGCUAAGAGGGAAGCCCUUUUAUGCCGUGGAGAAGAAGGCUUACUGUGAACCCUGCUAUAUCAACACUCUGGAGACCUGCAACAUAUGUUAUAAGCCCAUAAUGGAGCGUAUUCUGAGGGCUACUGGGAAGGCCUAUCAUCCCCAGUGCUUCACCUGCGUGGUCUGCCAUCGGAGUCUGGACGGCAUUCCAUUUACUGUGGAUGCCUCCAACCACAUCCACUGCAUCGAGGACUUCCACAAGAAAUUUGCUCCUCGUUGCUCUGUGUGUCAAGAGCCCAUCAUGCCGGCGCCUGGUCAGGAGGAGACCGUGCGUAUUGUUGCCUUAGACCGUGACUUCCAUGUGCAGUGCUAUCGCUGUGAGGAUUGUGGCUGUCUUCUCUCUGAGGGAGACAACCAGGGUUGCUACCCUCUGGAUGGCCAUGUCCUCUGCAAAAACUGCAACACCAGUCGCAUCCAGGCCCUCACCGCCAAGGCCACGACUGACCUCUGAAUGGCUCACACCUGUACAUGCAGGUCCUGAAAAUCCCUGCACUCAUCAAAUCCUGAGAAUCUUCAUAUCCUGUCACAUCACUGCACACAAAUAUUUAUGCCCAGACAAAUGCACACAUACACGUAAAGCUGUCUUUCCACCAAUAUAAGGUGCCUUGUAUUAAAAUUGCACUCAUUUAUUCUGUCCGGCCUUUUUUUUAUUAGUGGAUAUAUUAAUCAAAGCUAAAGCUACUUUUAAAUGCCUUAUUGAAUAUAUCUUAACAUAGAGCAUGAAGGUUAGAUUCUAACUAACAAAAAAUGGGAGAAAAUCUUCAUAGAACAUCAUAGAAUCUACCUCUAAAAGGGACUAUGCUCUCUGAUCACUACACAUUCCACUGUAUGAAUAUAAAUGAUACAGAAAAUAGCUUUCACUUUGUUUGUGAUUUUUACUCCGUAUGGUCUCCAGUAUGGUGGAUGUAUGUCUAUACAGGCCAGUUUAGACUACAUAGACAGACACUAGCCAACAUGGAAAAUCACUUAAUUGCAGUAAAUAAAUUUCAAUAAUAAAUAAAUUGUUUAAAUGGAAAGAAUUGUCAUGAUCCAGCAAGUGCCAACUGGGUGUGAAGACAUGGAUCGUGGUAACAUACUGAUCCAAUGAAACCUAGAAAAAGUGUCUGUUGCUUUUGGUUGGUUGUGCAGUGUAAACCGGCCUUUUAAAAAUCACUUUCACAUAGAGAGCUAUUAGGAAAAAUGUAUACAUUUGCACAUUCACUGCAAUGGCUUUACAAAUAAUGCAAAUAAAAAUAAAAUAAACUUUCAUUACAUAUUGUUGAAACUUUUAAAAGGAUAGUUUGGAUACUCAGAAUGAGAAUUCGCUGUGAAUUUACUCACCCUUAUGCCAUCCAAGAUGUAAGCGACUUAUUUCUACAGCAGAUAUAUGCAGAUUCAUAUAAUGAAUAUCAGUGUUUACCAAAACAUAAACAUGCAAAGCAAAGUAAAAGGGAUAUUCACACACUCUCGAGUGGUUUCAAAGCUUCAUGAGUUUCUUACUUCAAAAAGAAAGCAUUCUGGAGAAUGAUGAAAACCUGUAACCGUUGACUUCGUAGUAGGACAAACAAAUACUAUGGAAGUCAAUGGUAACAGGUUUCCAACAUGCUUCAAAAUAUCUUAUUCUGUGUUUAACAAAAGAAUCUCGUGAAAGUUUUGAAACAAGUAAAGGGUGUUUUUUUGUGUCAACUAUGCCUUUAAUUUGUGUCUCCUGAUACUCUUAUGAGGUCUUAUGAAGCCAAACUUUUACUCUAACUUUUAUCCACAGUCUUGACAAACCAUUUUGAGCAUACUCACACAAGCUUCCUGUCUCACAAUAAGUUAUUUCAAAUGUUGGGAUUCUGUGAAGUUCUUUUUGUGUUAUACUGCGAAUAUACAGCAAACAUGUAAUUCUGUGCUUGUCAUUGUAUGAAAGAAGACUCAUGCUCCAGACUGUUGUGAAUGUGCUCAGGACCAUUUGGGGCAUUUUGGGGGCUGGGGCUAUGAAUUGAAGGUAAUUUUAAAUAAUGUUGAGUUUUUUGUGCCCGAGAAAGCUUAACGUGCUGCAAUUCAUGAAAACAUGUGUAAUUACAAAAAAACACACCAGCAAAUUAAGUAAAGAUCUUCAUCAGUUUGAUAGCACACGUGCUCAAAAUCCUCACAAUGCACACACAUUUUUAAAAAACAUGCUGCGUUUACUCACAACAAAAACAAUUUUCGAAAACGUGCUGCAUUUUCUCACAACACUUUCAAAUAGCAUGGAACAAAACAGAAAUCUUUCAAGAGGACUCUAAAACGUGACAGACCCGGCUAUUUAGGUUAUGGUUAUUUAGGCUAAUGAAAUACAAAAGACAAGGGAAUCGGCAUGUUAAAAUCACCUACAACUUCACUGAGCAAUAGUUAUGGCACAGCGGCGUCCGUCACGUUUUUGGGUCCACUUGUAAGAAAAUACAUUGCGUUUUCAUAAUUUGUUGGCUUUGUUUGUAAAUGUAGCACGUUUUUUUAAUGUGUAUGCAUUGUGAGGAUUUGGAGCAUGUGUGUUAUUAAACGAAUCUUUUCUAAAUGUGCUGUUUUUUUGUUUUGUUUUUAUUAUUGCGCAUGUUUUCUUUUAAUUGCAGCAUGUUAAGCUCUUUUGGCCACCAUAGUUUUUGCUUCAUAAGACCUCAAUGUAACUGUGGUUCACUCAAAAAUGAAAAUUCUGUCACCUUUGACUCACCCUCAGCUUGUUAUAAACAUGUAUCCCUUUACAUCUCUUUCUUCUGAUGAACACAAAAGAAGAUAUUUUGAAGAAAUUAUAGACAAUUGCUACAAGUUUCCAACAUUCUUUAAAAUAUCAGAAUAAUAUUUUGGUUCAACAGAAAAAAAAAGAAACUCAUAAAGGGUUAGAACCUAAUGAGAGUGAGUUAAUGUAAAUGAUUGUUUUUCGAUGAUAUAUUCCUUUGUAAUAACUGUGCUUUGCCUGGCUAACUUUUUUAUUACUAUCCUCAAAACAAUGUGGUUGCAUUGUCAUAGACUUCCAAUACAUGACGGACCCCGGAAUCCUUAAUUUAAAAAAAAUAAAACCCUUAAUAUCCUACUUUAGUAAAAAAAAAAAAAAAAAAAAAAAAACAUCACCUAAAUCCUGAAUGUUCAAAUGUGAGUAAAUUACCAGCUAUUUAAAUUUUGGUUAAACUGCCCCUCCAUACCUUCUUAUGGCGGCUUUUGGAAUCUGAGGGUUCAUGAUUACUAAGGUACACGAGAUACAAUAUACCGGUAUAGAACAACUUUGAUCUCAUGCAUCACACCUUCUUGUUUCUGACUACAUACAGUACAGGUGUAUGUUUGUGAAUGCAUAGCCUUUUAUUUUUGAAAUCACCCUUUGAGAUGAAAGUUACCAAAGACCUAUACAUUUACUUUCUCUGGGACAGCGUGUAUGUAUAUUAUUGUAUGCUUAUGAAAUCUAAUGGGAAGAGUAUUUUAUGCUUAAAGGACUGUGAAUGACCUUCAGUAGCUCAGAAGCCUCAAUGGUUCAUUCAACGCGGUUUCCUGUUUCUUCCUCGGUUUACCGCCUCAAUUCAAGUGAUAUUAGAAAGAAUUAUUCUACGCUUGAAACCUUUUUGUUUUUGUCGUUUGGUGAUAUUUUCUUCAGUUAUCAUUUAUAUGUAUAUCAUGAGUGAAAAUGGUGAAAAGUCUAGGGAUACAAUGUAUGUAUUUUCAAAAAUGUCACAGCAGAUUAAGAAUCAUUUUGUGUCAGGGGAAAAAAAAAGUAUUAGUUUAGGUUUAAAGUGUGACAAUCAGGGCUGAACGGAUGUUGGAAUUGUGUUUUAUUUCAUCUAAUUUGAUUUACGGGCUGAUGAGACAUGCAGCCCGAUGAGCAAUAUUUGAAAUAUCCUCAAAUUGUGAAUUUAUCAUAGUAUUAGUUUCAUGAAAUAGAUGCAAAAGUAUUACUAAAAAUAUAGGACAACCGUUUAGGAAUAAGAAUUGUUCUUUUGUGGAUAUCAUUAUGCAAAUUUGUCUUUGUUGUUGCAUUGACACUUUACUAAGAAGGAUAUGCAGACUUUUUUUAUUCGACUAGAAAGUGUUUGAGCUGUUCUUAAAGCUACAGUACACACAUUUUGAGAGAUCUAAAAAUCCUGUACAUAUAUAUCAACAAAAUGCCAUAUUAAAUGUCGAGGUUUUGAGAGUUAACACCUCAAGUAAUUUGCCAUCAUAUCAGCGAGUUGCAGUGACGCCCUGAGGCACUUUUCCUCAGCUUGAAGGGUAAAUUCAGAUCUGAGAGUCGUGAUAUAUAUGCAAACCGGAUAUAAAUAAUCGGUAACAGCCCCUUCUUGAUUUCGUAUGGCAGUUGGUGGGUUUUUCAGUGUGUAAAAUGAAAUGUGCUGUAGCUUUAUGUGACGAGAGCUUCAUUAGUGCUUCAAUCCAUACCUCCUUUUCUUAGUACCUUUUCUAUAUGUGCCUUUUUUUUAGCCUGCGUGGAGCUUAGGUGGUGUUGUUUGAGCACAAACACAGCUGUGACUUGUAGCUGAUGUUGCGUGUUGAGGGAUGCGAUGUUUGAAUGGUCUGUUUUGUUUUUGUUUUUCACACUACCUAGAGGCUAUGCAUGUUCGCUACUUGAACCGAACUUUAUUUCCAGUUUUUAUAUAGAAAGACCAAAUAUUUUCAGACUUAAUUAGACGUUUGGAUGUGUUAUGCCUUUAAAGCAUUAGGAGUGUUAUUGGAAAGAGAAUUAUUGCUGUAUUACUUGGCAAAAUUAGGUUGCCCUUUCUUCCUUUUGCUUUACUACUUAUUCCCAAGGCCCACCUCAAGUUGUUUUUAUUCAAAUUGCUUUUCGAUUUGAUUUGAAUUAGAGCGAGGCUUUAUCUGUCAGGCAUUUAUUGCUCUUUUAGGUUGUUCAAGUUGAUUUGUUCUGUUCAAGUGCUUGAUCGGGCUGCGAUUCAAAACAUGUAUCAAGUUUUCUAUUUGCGAUCGUUACACAAGCAAUAACCUGAUGAUUAUGUAAAACUGUUGUUGCAGCAAAUGCUGAAUACCAGCGUAUAAAUGUCUUAAAAAGAAAUGCUAUGGGUUUUGGGGUAAGGAAAUUUGAGCUGUCAUAUAUAGGGCACUUUGAUGUUUGUUUCUUUCAUGAAGAAAUUAUAUCGUAAAAGAAGCUAAUCUGUGCUCUAGUGACACUCUAAUUAUAUACUUGCAUUCUGUUCUUUCACUCUGAUGUUUUUCAUCACAUAAAAUUUCCUCUAUAAUUAAUAAACCUUUUAACAAAC